AACUAAAGCUUCAAUAACUGACUUCUUCCCAACUUUUGAAUGAAAUACUUCAGCUUCCAUAAUGCAAAAGUAUCAAUGCAAGAGCUGUUUUGGCUGUGCAAUGAGGCUGAGUACAUGCAAUGUAAAGUCAACAUAGCCAACUUUUGGCUAUGCUUGAACAGAUUUCUCUAAAAAAGGCAAGAAAGUGAAGGUUCAGGGUUCGGAAUGAUGCAAUUAAAUCAAAUCUUUGGAAUUUGAGAAGUAAUGCUCGUUUUGAUUAUGUCGAAAGAUUUGUCCAAAACUUUUUCCACAUGUUGGCACUAAAGCAGAAAACCAUGCUUCAUUGCUCUGAAUUUUGGAAGUAGAGUGUUAUGUAAAUUCCAGAAUGUUCAGAACGCCUGCCAGUGCAUGCUUCACAACACCUUUCUGUUCUUUGCACCAAUUUAAAUUUUCUGUUGAAAUGUACAGUGCUUUCCGAAAAUUACACAAAUGAAUUUGUUCUUUUUAGUAAUGUUAAGUUCAGCUUGAUGUCAAAAUAAAGUUUUUAUCAUGACUUUUUCUAAGUUGUUUUUUCUCUUCAAAUUAGUGGGCUUCAACUGUAAAUUGCAAUUGGCCUCCAUUCCCUUUGAAAGGAAAAGUUUCAUAUCGUUUCUUUUAUCUUAAUCCAAUUUCUCUUGAAAAAUAACAUUCUAGCAUCAGGUAAUUCUACUUGGCUGCAGAAUUUGAUCAAUUUGAAAUUUUUCAAUUCCUGUUAAGAUCUUUUUUAAAAUCUUUAUUAGCUUCCUCUCAAUUCAAUUCAGUUGAAUUCAAUUUAAUUCUGCAGUGGUAUUUUAUAUAAUUGAACCAGUUCUUUUUAACCUAAGCGAAGAACAAAUUCAUAUGCAUUUAUGUUCAACAAUGAAAUAAUAACCUGUUACUAAUCGAACCUCAAGGGCCGUAACAGGGCUUAUCGGCCCGAGGUUGUGGCAGUACAGACUUUGCAGCACUUGGUCCUAAAUAAAUGACUGAGGGUCAAUAUUCCUCAGUACGGCUCAAGCAAGCUAGGUUAGCAAGUAGUUUAUUAUAUGACAUUGGUAGCCUCUUCCAGGUAUUCAGUUAGUUGGGGAGAAGCGUGGCAAGGGAAAGCUUUCUCUGGCUGCACUUCUCUCAUAUUUUGUCCCUCACUGUUUUGCAGACUGCACCACAACUAACUGGAUGCCUGGAAGAGGCUAUGACACUAGAGCCAAAAAUUACAUGCCUUAUGACUGUUUCCUUGGAAACAGUUUGUAUGGCAAAAUCCUGACCAAGAAAGAACCAAUCAGAAUGCACAAAUGUAUCUCAAGAUUAUCAUGCCACAAAAUAAAAGCUGUUAUUUUUUUCUGCUGCAUCUGAUCGAUUGAAGCCAACAAAGUGCCAAUUCCAUAUUUUGGAGCAGGAAACUGCAAAUUUCAUUGUAGCUUCUGGGGACAUGGCUUCCAGAUUUACUUUUUUAUGAAUCUUUCAAGUUUCAAAUUGGAAUUUUGUAAUGUACGAUGUUUGGCCAGUCAUAGACCAGAAAAAAUAUUUUGGUUUGUUAAUUUACGUUAACAAACAUGGUGGACAAAAGUGACAUGGUGGACAAAGGAAGUUUUUUUUAUGGUAGUUAAAAAAAAGCAAAAAGUUUAUAUCCUUUCAGGAUUCAAGUGUUCAACCCUAAAACGUUCAACAUGGCUGUCACAACGUAUUGAUUUUUUAUCCCCUUUUCCAUUUAUAAUACUUUUGCUGGUCAUUUCUUCACUGACGCUGGCUCAGAUAAUUAUGGAAGUUCUCACACAUGAUGUAAUCUUGAAUAAUGAGUAACUUUGCUUUUAGACUGAAGAAGACAUUAAACAGAGACCAAACAGCAUGGAUGAAGAAAGAAGUUUACUGCUGAAACAAUAUUGUGAUUAUCACUCAAACAAUAAUAAUAAAAUCCCAGAGGAGUCACUUGUGAAGCAAUCCCGGGAAUUCCUUACCUCAGCACAGCCUAAAGACAGAUUUAUAAAUUUAGAUGUUUAUGGAAAUCUGCUGAAACGAAUUGCAGAAAAUCAAAAAAGCAGUCAAGAAAGCAUCUUAAAGAUAAAGAGUGGAUUUAAAAGCUUGGAGCAAUAUGGUGUUAACUUGUGGAGGUUCCCGUGGCGCAAAGAGUACCAUACUAUAAAGCUUUACACGGCGUUUUUUAAGUGGAACAUCGAACGGCAGCUUCAAGACACAGAGGCAAUUUUUGAGAUUUUAAAAUCUCUUGGCUACACAGUAAGAGGGCAGCAGGAAGUUUCCAAUAUAGAACCCGACCGAGAUCGUGCGAUUUGGAUGUCAAUGGAGCUCUUCCUAGUUCAGGUGGACUUACAAGUGAUCAAGGAGAUUAUAGAUCAUUUCCCUGAGAACGAAUUUACCUUGAAAGAUAUUGUUAAGGUAAGGUCUGCAACGCGCGACGUAGAGGAAGCUAUUACUCGUCUGCAGGGAAAAGCUCCUAAACGACGGAAACGUGAAGAGCCACGGGGAGAUGACGUGUUAUCUCAUCGGCACGGCACAAAACAUUCACACGGUGAACGAAUUGACUUCACUCCUUCUGUUGCAGACGCCUCUGCUAACCAAACCACAGACAGAAAGCCAAAUCGUUCCGUGUUGUCAAAGAUGAGAGACGAUGUUGCUGCUGACACGGAUGAUUCUUCUUCUGGGUCUACAGUUAGCAAGAGGAAGCCUUCUGGUGGCGCUCCUACAGAGUACAAAGUGCCAUCCGGAAACACUGGCGAGGGCUAUUAUUUCAGUAUCAACGGUCCAGAAUUAACUGACCAAGAUUUAUACGGUGUAAGUCCCGAAGGAAGCCAAACGAACGGCGUGACACAGCAUAACGUUGAUGCUCGUGACAGAACGUUUCCUGAAUCUGGGUCAUCCUAUGCAUCAAAACAGCUAAAUCAUCACGCAGGUCACAGCACGGUUUUCCAAGGUAGAUCACCCAAUGAGUUAAACCAGCGUAACUUAGAUGAACGUUACAGCACUUUUCCUCAACCUGGGUCAUUGCAUGAGGCAAAACAGCAUCACCAAGAUCCACGUUACAGGACGGUGCCUCAAACUGGGUCAUCGUACCACUCUGACAACACUCAACGAAGCCAGCAUUACCAUAGAAUGCCUCAUUCUGGGCGUCCACCUUACCCUGACGGCACUAAGGAGAGAAUCGAUUCAGCCAUUACAACUUCUCACUCGGUAUCACAUCACGAGACAGUAACACCAUUGCAUCCCACCAGUCAGUAUUUAUAUUCCAGUGAACGAUAUGCUGGCUCUUUAAGAGAUGACCCAAGGGGACAUGCUGUGGUCACCCAGAGCAGUACGGUACCUCCACCAAGUAAAGUUUUACCUGAUACUAAUGGAUAUCAUUCCACGAGUUCUUCACGAACGGUGACACGCGUGCAUGGGUCUGCUUCUCGGGAUGUCAGGUAUGCUAACGUUCAAGACAUCAGCAGCUACUCUGGUCAGAAGCUUGGAUGGAGCGAAUCGGAUAAACGUAUGUCCACAAAGGAAAGUGCGAGAGUGCAGGACGACAGAGAUGCAAAAUACGGACCAACUGGUACUACUUCCUCUGCACAGGUGGAGGUGGAACAAAGAGAAAAUUCUCGUGUGAGUCGGAAUGAUGCCACUUCUCAACACAACGGGAUGGCAGAGGGGACAUAUGGAAAAACCACAGUGCAAUCAGGAGUUACAGAUUUAAACGCCACAUUAAGGCAGCAGUUAACUAUUGAGUCUAAUGUUCGCUUCGCUGGCAAAGAAUCUAAACAGGUCGGCAGUGAACGUGUGACCGGUGCACAGGCCACAGGAUCUAGAGCUGGAACCUUAACGGGAGCACAGCCAACCAGGUUACUCUAUCAACUUGAAAAUAAUGUAACUAGUAAAGAAGCUACCAGUAAAAGCGGAUCCAGUGCAGCUGACCUUAAGGAUCGUAGUGUGGCCAAAACGGAACCAAAAGGUUCAUCACCUGGUCCAUCACGGCGGACUUCAGCACAACAAGACCAGACUCCAGGGACCAGUUCAGAGAAUGAUCCUCAAAACGAAAUAUCGCGUGAGAGAAGUUUUCUAGAAAAAGGUACCAAAGGUGCUACUAUUUGCGAACUGUGUGGAUUACAAGGUACAAUUAUUUGCCGAAACUGUCUGAAAAUUGUUUGCAUAGAGUGUAUGGAAAUCUAUGUCACCGAUCUUUGCGAAGCAACCAAAGAGCAGCACGCGUUUUUAAAGUUUAAGGACAUCAAAACACCGGGUGAUUCCAAAGCCUAUUCCAGCCAAGAGUCUGCCAAUAGAAAUGAAGCCUCUGGGGAUGGAGAAAAAGAUUGGCCGUGUUCCCGAUGCACCUAUUUGAAUCAUCCAGAACACAGAAUAUGUGUCGUCUGUGGCGCAACUCGUGGAAUUGGCGUUGUUGAAAGCGCAAAACCUGGGAGCAGAGUAUGCAGGAAUUGUACUCUACACAAUGAAGAGACAGCAGCGGUGUGCACAGCCUGCCACAACCCAUUGACCAAGACUGAGACUGUUGUGUAGAGAUGAACGUGGUGGCUUCUGACAAAUCUGAAAAAAGUAGCAGGUGUAAGGUAUAUUGUAAACUGCUGCCUUUACAUAGUUCAUUGGUUCAAUUUUUCCUAGUGAUCCAAGAAUAAUUCCUCUCGUUAGUUUAGUUGUGCCAAACAAAGGGUAAAGCCGUUUUGACUCAUAAUUAUACCAAACAUUUGCCGAUGUUUAUGGUGUGUGAGUAUAUUAGGGGAUAGUUUUGGUGUACAAGUUGUGUGUGUGUGGUGGAGACAGGGGAGAGAAAUGUUUAGUCUAUUUUGGUCGUUACAUUGCUCCUGCGCUAACGGAGAUAUAUUUUAAUACAAAAAGAGACAAGGGGUGAAGUGACGUUUUGAUUCGUCUAUGAAUGAACUGCGUCAUAUCACGGUCAUGCAAACAGGCUCAGCCGGAAGGUCUUACUGUUGAUGUGUGGCCAUUGUGAGUCACUUUGUUAGCCUUUUUCCUGGUAAAAGUUGAGUGUUAUAGCGGCCAUUUCUACGUCAGCUAGUUGAUAUUCUGAGGUCCGGCUAUUCAUUGUAGGAAUCGAUUGAGGUAGCGCACACAGACUGUGACUUCAGUUUAUAGAUGAUCGGUAGCUUUAUGUCAAACUGUAAGUUACAAUUUAUAGUAGUUUUGAUGUGCACCAGAGCUUAGUUUCACCCAUGGGAGUGCUACGCAUGUGUAAAGGAAUUUUCCUGGUUACAAAGGCACUGUGAAUGGGAAUCUAACAGUAGUGAAACUGCAAAACAGAGUAGUGAAUUAAAAAAAUGUUUUGCAGUUGUAGUAAGCUAUAAUAAAUUAUAGGGGAGGUGUAAAUAUUCACUACGAUUUUGUACUAGUUAUUUUAGUUGGUGUAGCUACAUCAAUCCUACCUAUUCAGUGGGUCGUCAAUGUUUAUUGACGGUAAUUUUGCAUCUGAUUUUCUUUUUUGUAAUCAGGAAGUAGACUCGUUUCUCAAACUUGUAAUCGUGACAAUUAUAAAAAAACAGUUUCUUUGAUGGUGUAUAGAGAAGAAAUUAGUCCACAGAUUUAAAACAAUGUCUUUCUCGGUCGAUGGCCGUAUAUGAGACUUACUGAGCCCGCUUUUCUCGUCAUCGAGGCUGCUUAGCAACGUGACUGAUGUAUACUUGUGACGCCAUGCUUACGUGACCAUAGAUUUUCCUAAAUUGGCAAUUGUAGUUAUGUAGCGGAUCAUCAAAAUGAUGGCUGAAUAGCAUGGUAUUGCUCAAUAAAAACUUAAAUAAAAUAUUGUA